CCGAGGUUCGUUAGAACGCCUGAGUUUGAGGAGGCAGUUUUACGUGCCGUGGAACAAAAUCCGGUGUAAGUACCAGGACUAUAGCAGCUCGAUUAGGGGAUAAUCAUUCCAACAGCACUGUGUGGGUUCUCUCCGCAGCAGGUUCUCUCCGAACAACUUUUGUAUCCGUAUCAACGUGUGCAAGUAUUACUACCAAGAGAUUUUCUGCCCCGUUUGCAGUUUUGCCAAUGGUAUUUCGCAAUACCAAUUAAUAUAAAGUAUAAAUAAUAAUAAAAGUUAAUAUUUUACGGACGAAGCUGGAUUUCGGCGUGAUGGUAUUGUUAAUUUUCAUAAUACUCAUGUAGGGAGUGACGAAAAUCCCCAUGCUUACGUACAAUGUCGCCACCAAGAGCAAUUUUCUUUAAAUGUGUGUGUGGUGUUAAUUGGGCCAUUUUUUUACCCUUAAGAUUAAACGGCGAAUCAUACUUAGAAUUUCUUCGACAAGAAUUGCCCGUCCUGCUGGAAGAAGUUCCUCUAAAUGUAUUAAAAAUGUUCCUCUCAUUUUAGUAUAGCGGUUAGAACUCAUCUCAAUAACACCUUUGGGGAAAAUUGGGUUGGAAGAGGUGGACCAAUUUAAUGGCCACCUAGCUUCCUUAACUUAAAUCCAACAGAUUUUUAUUUAUGGGCACACUUUAAAAGUUUGGUUUAUGCUAGUCCCAUACAAACAAUAGAAGAGUGAACAAAUAAAAUUGUAAAUGCUUACGAAGAAGUGAGAAAUAGACCUCGAAUUUUAGCUCGAGCGCGUCGUUUAAUGACUAAUGAUGGUGGACAUUUCCAACAUUUGUUGUAGUUGUUGUUGCAAUAAAAAGCUCCUAGAAAUGUUUUUGAUUUUUUGUCUUCCAAGGCACCUGUGAUUUUUUAACCAAAAAUUAAUAAACAGCAGUUUUGUCCAGUGGCUUGCAAUGUUCAGAGUUCGUCCUCCGUUGAGUGCGAAUCACCUGCACUUAACGUCGAAGUGUUCUCUGAAACAGUUCCGCUGUACCGAGUGCACCAGUGCGACCGACCCCGCUGUCCUUCUACCCGACGACCGAGUCUGCCAUGGCUCACAACCUAGAUGAAAAUUCUUCCUUCCUGUUAGAGGACGACGAGGAUUUCUCGGAGUUUUGUAAUUCGGACGAGGAAGAUGAGACACCACAAGACGAGACCGAACGUAAAGCGGAUCUGGCCAUUUUGCAAACCACCCCGACGAAUCAGGAGGAGUUAACUUACUUCUACGAAGUCCUAAUGAGAAGCGUGAAGAGGAAACACGAGCAGGAGAUGAACGCCCUCCGCCGGAUCUUCCACUCGACGACCAGGGCACUCAAGAGCCGGAUAAAGGCUCUUGAGUCCGCUUAAUAACUAUUUCUGUAUAUGAGGAGCAAACUAGGUAGACUACCCAGGUUACCCGAUUUAGGAGCGUUCUUAUUUAAUUAAUCCAUUCUAUUCUGAGAAACUGACUUACUUGUUUUAAAAAACGAAAAGGAAUACGAAAAAAACCCAAGAGCUCCAAAAGUUAAAAUGAUAUUUUUAACAAUUCUUAGUCAUGAUUUAACCUAAAAUUGAUCCCAUUACAAGCCAAAUUUAUCCCAAAAAAAUCAACAAAUUCCCGAAACCAAAAAACGGGCCCAAAUAUGGUAAAAAAAAGAAAAUUAAAAUAAACCUGGAAUAAAUAAAUGUUAAGAAGAACAACACAUCACCAUAUACGAUGCUAAUAUAGUUACAUACGUAUAAAAGCGAUCUCGAGAAUCCCCGGUCUUCAGACAAAACAGUGCUCUCUAGGCACGAAUAAAUACACAUUUUUGUCUCCCUGUUAAGCAGUCCUCUUUUCAAUCAUCACUACAAAAACAAAAAUGAUUUCUUACUUUACAAUUCUUCUUUUAAUCGUGAUACUUUUCAUUGUUAUGGGGGCGGUGGUGCUCGAGCACUUAUUAAACAAACCGACCAAAACGUCCGCCAUGGAAGAGGGUUUAAAAGAACCUCCCAAACCGAUGAAGUUUCCCAUUAUUGGACAUCUUCACUUGAUGGCAGGGUACGAAGUGCCUUACCAAGCCUUCACUUCAUUGGGGAAGAAGUUCGGGGGUAUAGUGAAGCUCCAACUGGGUAAUGUUCACUGUGUGGUGGUGAACGAGCAGAAGAAUAUUAGGGAAGCGUUGAUCACCAAGGGACACCAUUUCGAUUCCAGACCGAACUUCGAGAGGUACCAGAGGCUGUUUUCGGGAAACAAGGAAAAUUCGUUGGCAUUUUGCGAUUGGUCGAACACCCAAAAGAUCCGUCGGGAUAUGCUGAAAGCCCACACGUUCCCCAGGGCUUUUACCAACAAAUACCUAACGUUAGAUACCCUGAUAGCCAGAGAAACUAGGGAUUUAGUACAGAAAUUAGGCGAUAAUCCGUCAGCUAAACUGAAACCACUAUUAUUGGCCAAAUGUGCCAAUAUAUUCUUAAACCAUUUCUGCUCGGAGAAUUUCGAUUCACAAAGCGGCGAGUUCGCGAAAAUGGUGCAGAAUUUCGACGAGGUGUUUUACGAAGUGAACCAGGGGUACGCGGCCGAUUUUUUGCCGUUUCUAUUGCGGUUUCAGCAGAAAAACUUACGGAGAAUGAACGUGCUAACCCAAGAAAUAAGAGAAUUCAUCCAUAACCAAGUAAUCAAAGACAAAUUCGAGACGUUUAAUCCAGACGUAGAACCAAAAGACUAUCUGGAAAGCUUGAUAGGCCACGUGAAACGAGAACAACAAAAAAACAAAGAACAACCAGCCUUGGAUUGGGAAAUGGCCUUGUUUGCCCUUGAAGACAUCAUAGGUGGUCAUUCAGCAGUUGGGAACUUCCUAAUGAAACUCUUCGGAUACCUGGUGACCGAACAGGACGUACAAAAGAAAAUCCAGCAAGAGAUCGAGCAAGCUGUAGGUUCAGAGAGGGAUAUCAGCAUAUGUGACAGAAAUCAGCUGGUUUAUACUGAAGCUGUUAUCUAUGAAGCUAUCAGGUUAAUAGCUUCGCCUAUUGUCCCUAGGGUGGCCAAUCAGAGUAGUUCGAUUAAUGGCUACAGAAUCGAAAAAGGCACAGUUCUAUUCCUGAACAACUACGACCUAAGCAUGUCAGAAGACCUCUGGACUUCUCCAGAGAAAUUCAUGCCAGAAAGGUUCAUCAAAAACGGAGCUUUAUUCAAACCAGAACACUUCCUACCGUUCGGUGGUGGCAGGAGGAGUUGUAUGGGUUACAAACUGGUCCAGCUGGUCUCUUUUGGUAUUUUAGCCGCCACUAUGCAAAACUUCACCUUGAAACCUGUCGAGGGUGAAUGUUAUAAGGUUCCAGUGGGUUCCUUGGCUUUGGAUAGGGAAGGGUUCAAAAUUAGGUUUGAACGUAGGUAAUAUUGAUAAAAUUGAUGCCAAAAUUACUUGUAUAGACAUGAAUGUGUGUUUUUGUAUGUUUUAAGUUAUAAGGAUUUUUGUACAGUAUUUAUAACAAGAGAUCGGUACCAGGUUUGUUAAUUAUAGUAAAAAAGAACUGAUUGAUGAUAAUUAUUAUUAUUAAAUUUCUCUUAGUAAGUAAUUUGGAACUCUGAGCAUUAUACAGGUAUAAAAUAAAAUAAAAAUUUGGCUGUAUGCUCAUAAUAAGUAGGAUAGUAAAAAAAGGGUGCGAUGAAGAGAAAAUUAAAUAAAAAUUGUAAACUGAUAA